AACUUCUCAUGUUUCUAAAAUCAUCCUAUGAAUUGAGUUAUCUGAAUUUACCUUUUCAAUAAUCCAAACUGUUGAUUGGCUGAUUGGAUUGGUGCAAUCUAAAAUAUGAUCGCCGAUUGAAUGAUUAAUAUCAUGUAUUUGUUUUGCUGGAUGUGGGCAUUGAUUUCUGUCUUUUGGUUGAUCGGGCUGGUCCGUUUCACGUUGAUUUCUGAUUAUUCCGAAUUUCGAAUUUCUCAUCCUCCUCCAGUGCCUAAUUUUCUGUUGUGUUUGAUCCGAAAUGGGAUCUUCGGAUUCAACAGAAGGAAAAAGGAGAUGAAUCUGAAACUUGUGAAUGAGAAUGGGAAAUCUGAUUUGCCCUUGAACUCACUUCAAGUGAAGAGGAUUUUGUCCCUAUGUUUAUGUACUUUGACUUCGAUUCUCUCAGUUUAUGAAUAUCUUUGGAUGUUUUGGCAAAUAUAGUUGAUCUGCUAUACUUAUGGACCAUUCUUUCAGGCUUUUCUGCAAAAUGGCACGCUCAGCGCUCGAUGAAAUGUCUACAACUGGUGCCUUUGAAAGAACAGCUUCAACAUUUCGCAACUUGAUCUCCCGAGAUCAUUCCUCUCAUUUUCCUCCAGAAUCAGGCAGAUAUCAUCUCUACAUAUCGUAUGCUUGUCCUUGGGCUUCCAGGUGCCUUGCAUAUUUGAAGAUCAAAGGGCUCGAAAAGGCGAUCAGUUUCACGUCAGUCAAGCCAAUAUGGGAAAGAACCAAGGAAACUGAUUAUCAUAUGGGAUGGGUUUUUCCUGGCUCUGAUACAGAGGAGCCAGGUGCUGAACCUGACCCUUUGAAUGGAGCUAAAAGUAUAAGAGAACUCUAUGAACUUGCCAGUACAAAUUACAGCGGAAAGUACACGGUUCCAGUUCUGUGGGACAAGAAACUCAAAACCAUUGUUAACAAUGAGAGCUCAGAGAUAAUUCGUAUGCUCAAUACUGAAUUCAAUGAUGUAGCAGAGAAUCCAGCUCUAGAUCUCUAUCCUCCUCAUUUGCAAGCUCAAAUUGAUGAAACUAAUGGUUGGAUAUACAAUGCCAUUAACAAUGGCGUUUAUAAAUGUGGGUUUGCAAGGAAGCAACUGCCUUAUGAGCAGGCGGCGGCAGAAUUGUAUGAAGCUCUGGACAGAUGUGAGGAAAUACUUUCCAAGCAACGAUACCUCUGUGGGAACACAUUGUCCGAAGCAGAUAUUCGGCUGUUUGUCACCAUAAUAAGAUUCGACGAGGUUUAUGCAGUCCACUUCAAAUGCAACAAGAAACUGCUGCGGGAGUACCCAAAUCUGUUCAACUACACCAAAGACAUAUACCAAAUUCAAGGGAUAAGCAGCUCUGUUCAUAUGCAACACAUAAAGAAGCAUUAUUAUGGAAGCCAUCCUACCAUCAAUCCAUUUGGCAUCAUCCCUCUUGGCCCCAAUAUUGAUUACUCUUCUCCUCACCAUAGAGAUAGAUUUUAAUUUCCUCAUAGUUUGGCAUUGUGAAUGGCAACUGUUACAAGAGUUUGUGUUUAUGGUUUACUAUUCUCCUCAUGAUAGAGAUAAAAGAUAGAUUUUCUCGAGAGUUUUGCAUUGCCAAUGGCAGCUCUUAGAAGAGCUUUAUUGUGUUUGUGUUUGUUACUUUGUAUCCCCUCUUCUUAUGAAGAACUUGUUUGAAGUUUGAGUUAAAAUAUAUUUGAGAAGUUUUUUUUUUUUCUUA